CUCUCAAACGGCCACUCGUGCACUCGAUUGAUCCUUUUUCCUGCUGUUCUCCUCUCUCUACUCGUCGUUCUGAGCAUUGUCGGACUCUAGGAGAUCGUGGACAUCAGAGGAGCCCAGCUCGCUUCCGUGUUUUCGAGUGGUUUGGCAACCGCUUCUCUCCUCUCCGCGGACUCGUCGAGAGUUCCCUGCGAUAUAUGGCGCCGUCUUUCAGCAAGGAUGACGAGAUCGUGGCUGAACUGCAAACGCUCCGCGACGCACCGGUUAUCGUCCCGUCCGAAGGCGUGCUCACGUUGAUCACGAACUUCCUCAUCGGCCCUCCUUCAAACAACCCACAUGUUCCCCAGCGAUUCGAGCAUUGGUUCUGUCGCAACGCGAACAAGCUGACGGUCGAAGCCGCUACGUUCCUUAUACGCCUGCAUGCGUACAACAGUCCGCGGGUGGAUCUAUGGAGGAAGCAGCUCAUGAAAUGUCUUUCUGGGUGCUGCUUAUGUGUGAGGGAAUACGGGGCGGCGAAACUGACCUCGAGGCACACCUACUUUGGUGCCUUCAAAGAUGACGUCCUACAAGGAUUUUACGAGAACCUCGACAAAUGGGAGUGCCAUCGACUGUUAGAUGCUCUCAGGCAAUCGGGCUUCUCUUCAGAGAUAGAGAGCGAAUCACGACACACGCUCUCCCAAGCGCCACCUCCCGUAGUAUACCACCUUCUCUCCAAUCUGCAGAUUAUGCGGGACGAACGUAUUCUGAAGUUGCUACACACGGCAUGUCCGACGGAAUGUUUCCGAAGUUGGCCGGACGACUACCCUCCGCCAGGCUUGUUCUACGCGCUACUAGCUGAUGACGCAUGCUUGCGAGAAUGGGCGCUUCAGCAGGUCCAACGCUGUACAACAACACCUAUGCUGAAAGAGAGCUUCUCCACUCCCUACCUUUCUGCGUUAGAGGAUGUCGCCCGGACAAUAUCUGGGCAAACAGUCCAAUAUAAGGGUCACCACGUGCCCAUGGCAUUCAGUCAGGAUACGUCCAUCUUGUGGACAAGCUUCGCCUUGAUCCUGAGACUUAUUCCUGUGGAAUAUCUGCGACCUGGUCAUUCCUCCAGUCCGGAUGUCCGACAUCUCGUCCUAGGACACUUACAUGACACUGGCGAUCACUUCGUCGACGUGCUGAGAAGUUUCGUUUUGAUUCUCACCAGGAUAGGUCCAGACGUGUGGGAGGGCGAAAGCUGCGAGUAUCCUCAGGUCGUCCUGGACUCAAUCAAGGAUAAUAUGACGUAUCUAGAGGCGCUGCGGAGACUCGGUGAUGAAGGCGGGGAACCUUGGUUACUCAACUGGAUUGAGACAUACCUGAAGACAGUUGGAAACAAGCCCAUCUUCAAAGACAUACUGCCUAUCAUAAUCCAGUUUCUGUGCGAAGAAUUGCAACACGAACGGUUCGGCAGGCUACGGCCGACUGCGAUAACCUUGUCUGCGAAGAUCCUCAUUGCUGUUCUCAGUCAAUUCGAGAAAAAAAGCGCAGUAAUUCAGCAGGAGCUCUUUUGGAAGAUCAUGGACGUGCACAUCGGCAUCUUCGUCUCGGUCGCAUUUGCUCGACCGUAUGCCGAAGAACGUUGGGCGGGCGCGCGGACAAUCGUGAGGCGGCUCAUCAGAUAUGCGUUGGUGCAGGAUGUCAAGAAUAUCUCAUCUGCGAUUUCAAUUCUUUCUGGUGCCAACACGACAACUUCAGAAGUCGUGCCGCUCACAGUACGCGAGCAAAUGUGGAGACAUAUCUACGAGAGUAUCCUACCUGGGGACUCCGACGGCAUCGCCCUUCUGGUAGCCACGCUCGCAGCUAUCGCUCACGUGGAUGACCUCAAGGAGGUUGCGUUUGCCGAUACCAUCGCCAAAUCUGCACAGAACGAUGCACGCAGGAACCUACUCAAGGACGUCAAUCGUGCCCUCAUUGCUAUCCGCACCGGAUUUGAGGAUGCGGUGACCAGGUACUUGGACCUAAGUCCCCCCUCUGUUGUUAUCGGCCUGUUGGGUAAAGCAGAUGUUGUCAAGAACACCACCAUCCUCAUGUUGUCGCCAGUUGAGACUAUCCAAGAGACCGCGCAAGCUCUCGCUGGGUUCGCGUUCGACGUGGAAGUGCGCAUCGAUUGUUUUCGCGCCUUGUUGGAGAGGUUCCCCGCCGCUACAAUAAGCGGCAUUCUCCACUCCCUGGAUACAUAUGUUUACUAUGCGCAUAUAGUCCCCGAAGCAUGCAGCUUUUCGAAAGCUUUGGCGCGUUGCUUGACUGAUGUCAUAGACGUGUUGUGCUCAAGUCCGGAUGGGAGUCUGCUCAACGAAGCUUAUCUGAAGGGCAAUAUAGGAGCAGUGAUCUCACCCGAGCUUUCAAAGUGGUGGACCUCCAUGACGAAGGCGCUAUCGGUGAUCUUUCUAAAGACGCCGAAGUGGGCUGUAUUCUUCGACAGUGCGGAUAUGGUUCUAUGGAUGCGCGAUGCUCUGAUAUUCGGACGGGACAUGUUGGCUCAACGAAGAGUCAUAGAAUCUGCGAUCGCUGCAGGAUCCCCGCAGUCGGCUAAUGAAACGAAGCGGACAUUAUCGCGUGCAGGAAGACGGAUGGUAGACGAUUUGCAGCAAGUCCUGUACGAGCUCACGCGCUGGCUGCGGCUCACAGACGAGGAAUUACUUCAUCAGUCCUUUGCGUUAUUAGAAUCACUUUUGGCAUGUUUCAGAGAGACACAGAUCCGUCCGAAAACCGAGACACUACAGAAAAUACAGAAACAUAUUGACGAUGCCCGCAAAAGUGAUCCGAAGCGGCCGCAGACGAGGCUCGAUUCCUCCCGGCUGGCUCAGUUACAAGAUUCAAUAAGCGGAUUUGAUGAUGAGGUUGAAGUACAAAUCAUCCCCCCUCAGAAGGUCUCAAUGAACCAGAGCAAGAUCAGUAUCAAAAACAAGGCGGGAGCUCGUGAAACUGCCAGCAUGGCGCGCAGAAUCUCCAGCGCGGAACAAUUCAAGCCGAAGGAUUUGCAACGCGGUAGACCUCACGCCAAAGCGACCAUCGCCAGCUACUUCAGUACAGAUGACAAGAAGAAACUUGACGCAGGGGCGCCUUUCCCGCAGUUCACUAGACAGGCUCAACCUCGAGAACCUGUAGCAAGACCGAAGACCCCUCACGGUGAGAUCAAGCAUGAGGGUACAUCGGCAGGACCAACGACUCCUGUUCCUUCUUCCGAAAGUGAACGAGAAGGCAGUGAUGAGGAGGAGGGUAAUGCCGGGCUGGCCUUGCUGUCCAAACUCCAGCGAACUCCUACGAUCAAGAAGCCGGCAGAACGGAGGCAGGUGAUGAUGCUCGAUAUACCGACCAAUGCACGAACUUCAGCACAGGAUCGGAUGAAUAGACGUGAAGACGCCCGUAGGACCCAACUUCGGUUGAAGCCAGAUAUCUCGGGCCUUCAUCGCACAAUCCUGUCGUGGAACUAUGAUCAUCAAGGACCCAACCCACCCGGACUUCCGGUUAAUCUCACGCCAGUGCCAGAUAAGUUCUCAGAUUACCAGCACUUCCGUCGCGUGUUCGAACCGAUGCUAUUACUGGAAUGCUGGAGCCAACUCGCUGAGUCAAAGGAGGAGGCUGCAGAGACUCGCGACUGUCGCAUAGUCAGUCGCCGAUUUGUUGACGAUUGGCUGGACCUCGAUGUAUCAAUCUCUGAGGGCGCCAACAAGGAUUGGAGUCUGUCGGAAGUGGACGUGGUUCUUCUGCGGCAGCCUGGGAGCAAGAAGAGCGUUUUGGGGAGGGCACAAGUAUAUAGAGCGAGGCCCUUUGGAAUUCAUGCUACCAUCAGGUGUCUUGCUGGAUGUGCUGACCCUGGAUUGCAAGUAAGCACGACCUGGUUGUUGAGCAAAGUCUUGAGCCUCGCGACCCUGCACCGCGAAUACGCGGCAUUGAUGGCGUUGCCUUACUUUGAUUUCCAAGAGAUGGUCCUCAAGGCCCGGUUGAGCAAAACGACCUUGGCAGACGAGGAGGAGAUUCGGAAAACGAUGUUUACGUAUAGCGUCAACGAGCCGCAGGCCAAAGCGAUAUUGUACGCCCUAAAAGCUGAGGGCUUUGCUUUGAUUCAGGGACCACCUGGGACGGGAAAAACUUCGACUAUUUGUGGAUUAGUCCAUGCUUUCCUUUCGCGUCGGCCGAAACCUGUCACCGUUAUCCAUGCAGGCAGGUCAACAGGCCCUGCAGAUAGGGAACCUGUGAAGAAGGUUCUCCUUUGCGCACCGAGUAAUGCAGCUAUUGAUGAGAUUGCGUCAAGGCUGAAGAAAGGCGUAUCAGGAGCAGGCCGGCAAGCGACUAUUCCCAACGUCGUUCGCGUCGGUGCAGUCAACAGUAUGAAUAUCAAUGUUAGGGAUAUUUCACUGGAAUACUUGAUAGAACAGAAACUCAAGGCGAAUCCGGAACUCGACCGCUCGAGAGACGCGGGAGGCGAAGUCACGCGCCUCAGAGGAGAAUUAGAGUCCGUAAAGCAUCAAAGACAACAGAAGUUCGAAGAGAUUUCGACGAUACGCGAUAACACUGUCAAGACGCUUUCUCUAGAGGAGGAUAUCAGGAAACUGAAUAAGCAGAAAGCACUGCUCACUCACCGGAUCGACAAAUUGAAGGACAAGCAGAAAUCUGACUCGCGGACGCUGGAUGCAACGAAAAGGCGUUUCCGAACCGAAGUCUUACUAGAGGCCGACGUCAUAUGCAGCACAUUAUCUGGAGCUGGAUAUGAAUACCUCGAACAACUCGAAUUUGAACUCAUCGUUAUCGACGAGGCUGCGCAAGCCAUAGAAUUGAGUUCGUUGAUCCCUCUCAAGUAUCGUUCUCCGCGUUGUGUGAUGGUUGGCGAUCCUCAGCAGCUGCCUCCUACUGUGAAGUCCCAGGAGGCGUGCAACCUCGGAUACAACCAGUCGCUCUUCGUACGCUUGCAGCGACAACGCCCUGAUGCCGUCCAUCUACUAAGCAUUCAGUAUCGCAUGCAUCCUGAUAUCAGUCAAGUGCCGAGUCGUCUGUUCUACGAUGGACGCCUGCGAGACGGACCGGAUAUGGCUGUGAAAACGAGAAGACCCUGGCAUACUCAUGAGAAGUUUGGGACUUAUCGUUUUUUCAACGUUACUGCUGGUCGAGAAGAAACUGGGAAUAUUCAUUCCUAUGUAAAUCGCGCAGAAUGCCAAGUAGCGGUCUCCCUCUACCGCCGUUUACGUAGGGAGUUUUCCGACUUCGAUUCCGACUUCAAGGUCGGGGUGAUAUCCAUGUAUCGUGGUCAAAUCAUGCAGCUUCGUCGGACAUUUGAACAGCAGUUUGGAGCGGAGAUAUCUAGAACUAUCGAUUUCAAUACAGUAGACGGAUUUCAGGGUCAAGAGAAGGAUAUCAUCAUACUGUCAUGCGUGCGUGCCGGGCCAGGCGUUCAAAGCGUAGGCUUCUUAAGAGAUUUCCGACGAAUGAAUGUCGCGUUGACUAGGGCGAAGUCUUCUCUCUUCGUCCUUGGGCAUGCACCGACUUUGGAACGAAGCAAUGAUAUCUGGCGGGGCAUCGUACAAGAUGCGAAGACGAGAGGCUGUUUGGUUGAUGUCGAUGUUGCAUAUUUUACAUCGCCUGCGGCAGUCACGAAGCCUGCUCCUUCUAUAAAGACAUCCAAGAAGUCUCCCACAAAGGAAUCGCCUCUUCCUCCGCAGCUCACAACUCCACGAGAAUUCAAGUCACUCGCAAAUGAUGCCCAAUCUUGCGCACCUAAUGCAGUCGAACCGUCCACCCGGAGCACCUUCACCACCACAAUGAAAGCUGGCAAGUCCAAAUUGAAGGAUUCUUCAGCAGGACAUAAACGACCGGCACCGAGCGAUGUAUCUGAAAAGUUUGAACGGCCCGUAUCCGAUGAGGGUGACCCAGCACGACUUAAAAUACCUCCUAAGAAGCGUCCUAAGCCAGGUCCUAGCCUUUUUAUCCCAAAAAAUAAGCGUCCUCCGCAAUGAUCGACAGGAACAAAUAAUGGGCAUUUCACGAGUAAUGACAGGGACAUCUCGCACAAUCUCGUUUUUCCAUCAAAUUUGCACACCCUUGAGCAAUCCCAUUAACUUAUUACUGCAAUUGCUUUUAUGUCUGCUAUCGGUAGCGUACUACCAAAUCGACAAUGUAUGGGUUCAUAUAGUACAUCAUCUAUCAGCUUCAACAGGGGGUAACUCCCAUCCUCCUGGUCCAAAAUGUGGGAUCAUCAUAGAUC